GAAAAAAGCUUGAGGGGGUGGCUUUAGCUCAGAAUAAAAACUGCCUGGUGCUAACAUCUGUCAUGGUGGCUUUCCUUUCUGGCUCUGUUCCGGCAGACGAGGACUUGGCAGGCUCUGCCGGGGAGGUGGAGGAGCCAGAGGAGAACCCGCCGCAGAGCAGCUCCCUGCCCCAGACCCCCGAGCAGGAGAAAUACCUCAAGCAGCACUUUGAGACGCUGGUGGAUGCUGAAGAGAAGUUUGAUGGCUCCUUAAAGGAUUUGAAACCUCCCAAACCUGAGGAUGAGGAAAAAACUUGUUCUUGAACCCGCGCUUGAGCAUUUCAGCCCGGUUCCUCUUGCACUGCCAGAAGAGCAGGUGGGCAUUGGGUGCCGCGUCUGUCCGUCCGUCUGGCAGGGAAGUGGUUUCCUGCUCCCAACUCCUUCUCU